AUGCUUCCAAUUUUACUUUUAUACCGCCAACGUGCUAAAGUUAAUGUUGAAGGCAACUCCAUUGUCCUAUAUUCUUAUGGAUAUGAGAAAGGCGGAAAGUUUUCUGCCGCGAUUACAAAUGCUUCACAAUCAACAACAUUUCUCUUCCAGUUAUGCACAUUAGAUGAGUUCAAAAAUUUCACACAGUCACAGAAAUCAUAUUGUGAAGACUUAAUGUCCGUUUGUCACCUUAGCACACUUGAACCUGUUUAUAAUCAAGCUUCCAAUACAAAUAUGACCGUUGAUCAAGCCGGCCGUUAUCUUACAGUCAUUACAAACUGUGCCGGAUCAGCAUCAAACUACCUUCUUGAUGUUAAUUUUUCGAAUCCAAAUUCACUUCUCUCAACAGAUUUACAGCCAUGCAUUUACGGGAAGCCAAUCAUGACGGUAUUCUUCGGCAUUGGUAUGAUCUACUGGGUUAUUAACUGGAUCCUUAAUUUCAGAGGAACAUCCGCUCUUCACAUUUUCUACACCAUUACUAUCUUCUUUGCCUUCCUCUACAUCUUUGUCGACACCUUCUACUACCAUCACUUCCAUAAAUCUGAUGCAGAAACAGGAGCAACAGAAUCUCAUAUUGUUUUCAGAUUCCUUUGGCAAUUCCUUCUUUUGGCCGGCCUCAGCUUCGUUUCACAAGGCUACGGAUACCUCGCUUCUUCAUUUUCUGUCAAGAAUAUGAUUUUAAUUGUUUUAUUAUCCGCAGUUAUCAAUGCUUCCUUAAUGGCAUUCAACUAUAUCUCAAGUCUUUCAUAUUCUGUCAUUGUUAUGGUCAUUUUCGCCAUUGCAUUUUGCGUAUAUUUCAGAAUGUUCAUGUUCGGAGUCAACGAAGCCGUUUUAACUGUUCGCGCCCACAUGUACGUCAUUGCCGAACAAGGAAUAGACCCAUCUACAACUCCUUUGGUGAGGAAGAUGAAGUUAUAUACGAUUAUGUUGUAUAUUAUUGUUGGAUACUUCGGAUUAUUCCUUGCCCAACACAUUAUCUUCACUUUCUUCCCACUUCCAGACGCAUAUUCCGAACUCAUCACUGAUAUCAUAAAUUGCGCCAUGGUUUAUGGAGUCAUUUUCCUGUUCAGACUGAGGAAAGAGAACACACGAGGCUACCAGACCAUCGAAGAGGUCGGAUUGGAGGUCCAGGAGUUCACACGCGAAGAAGUGCUCCAACUCAACUUCGACGACGUCAUGGAGAGAGCGACAAACAAGUGGGAUGGAUCUGCUUUGCCUCCACAGCCAAGAAUUGUCGAGUCAAAGACAAUUUCUCAGGACUUUGUCGAAGAAAUUCAGACAGAAAAGGCUCCUCCAAUGGAUAACGCUGAUAUCCACGAGCAGCACUCCGAUGAUGAUAAAAAACCAUCAACAAAUGCAAGGGCUGAUGUUGAUGAAGGACUUCUUUUGUAA